CCGCCCCCAACGAACGCGCGUCUCAACUCUGACCGUCUCUCUCUCUCUCUUUGUCUCGCUCGCUCCACCGCUCGUGUGUCGGCGAAGCGAGAAGCAAACCCGCACCCGUUUGCCGCCGCCACAGUCCGUCAUCGGCGCUCAUCGUGCGAGCACCACGACGAUUUGCGAACAUCCCGUGACGAUCGAUGGACUAAAAAGUUCGACAAAAACAGUUACAAAUUGUUUUUUUUACAAUCAUAGACACAGGACGGCACAACGGAUUGAACCACGGUGUGCGCAUGCGCAGUGCAAAAAUCCAAAUAAAACGUGCUUCGAAUUAGACGCUGACCGUUGGAACGAGACUCUAAUCGUUCUAUCGAAGUCAAAUACGAUUUACAGUGUUUACUGUACUUACCUAGUGUCGUCGGCGUUAUUCUCAUGCACCACAAAAUACCCAAAUUUCUCGGUUCACGGAGUCUCACAGUCACAUUCAACUGCGUAUUCGAAUAAACGGAGAGACGGUAGGCUCAACCGUUUUUCCUCGUGCACUACGAUCGUCCCCAUAAUACUUUUGAUCAGUCGAGCCCCUAAGUGUCGGACAAAUAACAGGAGACAUUUGCGGAGAAGCGAAAUAAACUCGCAUCGGGAAUCCCAGGCCGUAAGCUCGAAUGUUACGAGCGUCGAGUGCGGUGCGGUUGUGGGGCGAGUGACAAGUGGUCGGGUGCCGAGUUGAGACGCGUGUCGAACCACGUGGCGACACACCGUGGGGGGUAAAUAAAAGCGCGUUUCGCGGCUAUUCGUCGAGUCGAAGCACCUCGGUUAGAUUCACCAUCGUAUUACAUAUUUUUGGUGCAAACAAUCCUUCCAAAACUAAGAAAAAAACAGUAUCGAGUGCAGAGACGAUCGGAUAAGAAGAAAUAUUGAGAAAUACUGAAAAGAGAAGAAAAACAUUUGAUUGCUCGUCAAGUCCGAACCGAUGCGAGUCGAGACGCGGAAACGUGAAAGAAAUCUCAACUAAAACGGUCGCAAGUGACGCGAUGCUGAGAUUCUCAGCGGUUACAUAUCAUUUAAGGGUGACGAAGAGUUUCACGUGCUCGAGGUCCGUUCGGGCCUGCUAAAAUGACCGCUCGUCUCCACUCGCUCAGACACCAGGAUAAGAAAAUAUCAGUAAGCGGACAACGACAAAGCAAUCAGCAACAACAGAGCCAACAAGUGACGUCACAGGGACCGAGCCCGGCUCCUAGUCCCAGUCCGAGUCCAAGCCCGAGUCCCAAGCAUUCGGACGGCCGUCGAGCGAACAAACCACUGAUGGAGAAACGGCGGAGAGCAAGGAUCAAUCAGUCGUUGGCGGCGCUGAAGGCCCUGAUACUUGACAGCGCUCGUCUCGAGAAUACCAAGCACAGUAAAUUGGAAAAAGCCGACAUACUGGAACUCACAGUACGGCACUUACAGCGUCAAAGAUCACUCACGCAGCCUGGACUCUCCAGGUACAAAGCCGGAUAUCAGGAUUGUUCCAGAGAGGUAAGCCGUUACCUCGAUGCUCCAGACAUAAUAACUGGGAAUACGUCGCCGAUGGAUCCGGCGGUGAAGCAAAGGUUGUUGCGCCAUCUGGACAGUUGCGUUUCGGAGCUUGAUUUGGAUUUGGGUUCGAGGCCGGACAGUGGUCUCGGGAGUAGUCCGGGCAGCGUGAACGAGCGCGUUACCGGUGCGACGAGUCCAUCGCCAUUGGAGCAUCACGUGACCCCGGCGCCGCAUUGUAGCACGGCCUUGAAUCCGGCAAUAAUUAAGUCCGAAAUGCCGGAAAUGGAAACGGCACGUCCGGACAGUAGUACGACCGCGGGCGACGAGAACAACAACAGUAGUCGGCCAAACUCGGCGUUCAGUCAGGUCAAUCCUGGGGUUCUAGAUCCGCACAAUCCAACGGUAAUGAGCCUCGAGCAGGCCUCAACUUCCAGUCAGAACCCGAACAUGCUAUCGGUCGUGCAAGUCAUACCAUCUCGAUUGCCCGACGGCCAGGUCGUCUUUCUCCUCCCUAGUCAUUACGUGCAAUUGGCAGCGGCAGCCGCUGCCAACGGCAUAAGCAUCGGCCCGAAUCCACCAACGGCUAUCUGGGCAGCGACCAACAUGUCUCUCCUCAAGGCAACGGACAAGCUCGCCAAGAGGCCACACGAGCCUGAAAUCGGCCAAGAUUGGUCCCAGGACGGUUCCAAGUCCUCCAAGAGUCCCAGAAUCGAGCAACCCGAGCAGCCCCUUGAUUUCACGACCUCGAAAAAGCUCCAGGUCACGAGAACUCUCGGGAAUGAAAAUCCUAACGUCAUUCCAGCUCAGCAUCACCUCGAGCAAGCGCCCUUGCAUCACAUCCAGCAACAACAUCAGUUGCAGCAGCAGCAGCAGCAGCAGCAGCAACAUCAACAGCAGCAACAGCAUCAGCAGCAGCAGCAGCUACCAAUGACGGAACACACGGAAAUUUCGAUGAUACAGGAAGACGAGGAUGAGGAUGCAAGACCUUCUAGUCAAGCGGGCUGCGAAUUAGUGAGAAUCUCAUCACCCUCGCCCGUGUGCCAGCCACAGCCGGUCAAAGAUGAAGAGGGCAUGUGGAGACCUUGGUAAAAUUGCCUCGAUUUAUUUCGCCUCCUAUUCCACCUACCGAUAAGCUUCGAUCAACUUCAAUGCGGAACCGAUCAAAUUGAAAUUGUACACUGUUUAUGAGACUGACGAAACGCACCCGAGAGCGAAGCGAACUGUGUUGGAGCCAACACGCUUUUUAUCUUGGUGUGUUUUCCCUAUACGCGCUCCAUUGUUUUGGGUGUUUUACGUUUCCUAUGGCGUCGAAAUACAAUGAAAAAAGCGACUACUCUAAACCCCCUUGAAACGUACGAUUUUCGUGAUAACAGAUAGAAAUUUAUUAUUAUAAUGCGAAAAAUUAUUGUCGCCGUGUCUAUAUGUACAUGAUGAGAGAUUGUAAGAGGGCGUAGUAGUGCAGAAGUACGCAUGCUCCAAAUAUAUAACAAGUUUUCCUCUUUUUGUUGACUCGUCUAGGAAGUUGAGGCGUUCGAAGAGCCUGCAACUCUUGCGAUCUUAUUCCCUCACACACACACACACACACACACACGCGCGCGCGCGCGCGCGCACACACGCAUUUGUAAAUAUUUAUCUCACCUCGAGGAUGAGAAUGAAAUACAAAAACUAUUGCUAUGUAUAUUAACGAAGAGCAUAGAUUUAUUUUGAUGUUAUCUAGGUAUAAAAUGAAUGUUCGAAUGAGUGCGAGAAAAAUGACCAACGAUUGAAUGAUGAGAUCGAUAAUAACACAUUUUGACAAAAAAAAAUAAUGGAACAUUGAUCAAAAAGAAAUAAUUUAUUUCUCUUUCGUUUUCUUCAUGCAUCCUGUCGAAAAUUAAUUUUUUUUUUUUUUUCGUUAAUUUUAUUGAAAGUGUUUUACUUCAAGGUGAUGAUCAUCUUGGAAUUCUGUUUGAGUAUGUGUUUCGUCCGAACAAUCGAUUACGUAUUCCUCCAGUUUUGUAAUCGUACAACAAUGAAGAGAGAAAGAAAGUGAGAAAGUAUAUAUGCGAGUGGUGUGCUUGAGUCUCUGAUUGUGUUGAUAACGGUCUGGAAUUUAGUGACCUACGAUUCGUCGAAACCUAAUUACCGAAAUAUAAUGCUAAAAUAUCUUUGGGAUCCGAUUCCUCAUUCAAUGUACUUAGUUACGCAGUCCGACAUAAUUGCGAAUAUAUUGAACCGUACGAGA